AUGGAUUCUAACAUUGGAGAGGUGGUGAUUAAUUGCCUGGCUUAUAUAAGGAAGCUGAUUCAAUGGAAAAAUUUUCCUAACAUUUUGCAAAUUAGUAGAACUGAAGUGCAGAAAGAAUAUAAGAUCAUCAAGGUCAUAUGGGAGAAACCAAAGCAUCCUUUCAUUAAAUUAAACAUUGAUGGAAGCUUCUCCUCAAACAAAGUAGGCAUUGGUGGGGUCUUUAGCGACCAGCAGAGUAAAUGCAUUUUGUACUUUAAAUCACUUAUUAAGGCAGAAGAUUCCAUUGAAGCUAAAACUGUGGCCCUAUAUUGGGCACUUAAGAUGACUGUUAUGAACAAGUGGACUCACUUACAAGCCGAGGUAGAUUCUUCUCAGCUUGUUAAUUACAUGACAGGAAGUUCUACCCCUCCUUGGCACAUUCAGCAAUGGAUAAUCAUAAUGCAACAACUUUGCAAGGAGAUCAAGUUGAGGUUCUCUUUUAUUUACAAAGAAGGAAACAGACCUGCCAACUUCUUAGCCACAGAUGGAGCUGAUUCUCAAAUGAUCACAGUGUCCACUACUCCCCCCUCACCCCUGGACUGCUUGCUUAAAGGGGAUAAAUU